GAAAAGUACCAAAUGGCCAUUUUACAAACAUUUCAUACAAAUUUGGUAAAUAUCCACACCACACCAAGGAAAUGAAUAUUUGGUAAGAAUCAUCUCCACAGUUGACAACACGUCGUCGUACCACUUUCUCAUAUUCGUUACCCUCAAACGAACGGCUGGAAUCAGUUGGGGGGCAAUGAGGCUGAUAGUACCUCUCCAGGGAGUGGUUCAAGGCCGUGGAGGUCUCUUCGUCGGCUCUCUCAUCCCUUGCUGUCUCUUUUACUUCCUCCAGCUUUACCUCAAACGACGCCGUUCUCCUCCUCCUCCCGAUCCCGACUCCUCCACGGAGUUACCGAGGACCUCCUCUCGGUCCAGUCGCAUCGGACGUGUCCGAGUCUCCUCCAGAGCUGUUCCUCUCGCGAAACCUCCCGAUUCUCCUUACUAUAUAGGGUUGGAGAGAGUCAAGACCGAUCCCUACGAUCCCCUUACUAAUAGGGAUGGGAUUAUCCAGCUUGGUCUGGCUGAGAGUACACUGUGCUUUGACUUGCUUCAGAGAUGGAUGUCUGAGAAUCUAAUGGAUUCGUUGAUGUUGCAAUCUGAUGGAUUUGAUAUCAGUAGCAUCGCCAUGUAUCAACCUUUCGAAGGGUUGCUGGAGCUCAGAGUGGCUUUUGCUGAUUUCAUGUCACGAAUAAUGGGAGGUAACGUAUCUUUUGACCCUUCAAACAUGGUGAUCACAGCCGGUGGGACUCCUGCUGUCGAAGUAUUGGCCUUCUGCUUGGCUGAUCAUGGAAACGCUUUUCUCAUUCCCUCCCCCUAUUAUCCUGGCUUUGACAGAGAUAUUAAGUUCAGGACAGGAGUUGAGCUUAUACCAGUACACUGUCGUAGCUCUGACAAUUUCACUCUAACUGUUUCUGCGCUGGAACAAGCUUUGAAUCAAGCUAGAAAGCGGGGAAGUAAGGUCUCUGGCAUCCUCUUCUCCAACCCCUCAAACCCUGUUGGGAACAUACUAUCGAGAGAGACUCUACAUGCUAUUUUGAGCUUUGCUCAAGAGAAGAACAUCCAUGUUAUCUCUGAUGAGAUAUUCGCCGGUUCUGUUUACGGGGACAAAGAGUUUGUUAGCAUGGCUGAGGUAGCUGCUGCCUCGGGGGAUUUCGAUAAGAGUAGGGUUCAUAUUAUCUACGGCUUGUCCAAAGACCUUUCGCUUCCUGGUUUUAGAGCUGGAGUCAUCUAUUCCUUUCAUGAAGAUGUAAUCAAUGCCGCGAAGAAGCUGAUGAGAUUUUCGUCUAUGCCAGUUCCAGUCCAAAGGAUACUUAUCUCUCUGCUAUCGGAUACAAGGUUUAUCGAGGAAUACAUGGCAGCCCACAGGCAAAGGAUCAGAGAUAAGCAUUUUCUCUUUGUGGAAGGUUUGAAGCAAAUAGGGAUUCCGUGUGCUGAGAGUGGUGGUGGGUUGUAUUGUUGGGUUGACAUGAGCAGUUUACUGACAUCUUACAGUGAGAAAGGAGAACUCGACUUGUUUGAGAAGCUACUGAGUGUUGCUAAGAUUAAUGCCACUCCAGGAACAGCCUGUUAUUGUAUAGAACCGGGUUGGUUCAGGUGCUGUUUUACCGCUUUGGCUGAUGAAGACAUCUCAGUGCUCAUGGAACGGAUUAAACUGCUUUGCUGAAUCAUCCAGAUUUUUAAGCCAAGCCAUGUUUUGGGUUAGUAGGCCACUGUUAUACAUUCAUUUCACAAGGGUUUUUCUAAGAAGUUUGGAAGAUAGGAAUGGAUUAGAAGAUGUAACUUUAUCGUUUGCAGAAGAAAGAGUUUGGCAUUCUAAUUCGUUGCUCUAUUUGUACCAAAACCAAGUUUCUACAUCUAUGAAAAGAUUACGGCUUUGCGACACUUUCUGUUUCGUCAUAUACAAAUUGUAAGAGUUUUCUUCUAAAGGAGCUUCAGAAUUCGUUGGUACCUUUUCCACUCACGUCCUUAUAUCAUCUUGAUGUCCGGCUCAAAGAGGCAGAUAUGAGCAUGAUAUAUAGCUAUCCAAAAGAGAAUGUGAAAGUUUUACCAAUGGAAGGAUUGUGCUUUCUCAUUUCAACAGCCCUUCUCAUGUAACUCCUCCUUCGGCUCAUCAUUAUUAACUCCCGGAGUGUAUAUUUCGUCCUCACAAGAAAGCCAAAGUUCAUGUCAUUAGAACCUGUAGUAAUCUGAACAUCGUGAGCCGUGGAAGCUUGUGGAAGACGUGGAAAGAGCUCUUCCAAGAACGAAGCUCCCACGAGACUGGAAGCUUCCGUCAUGUAACUGCUUGUACUGUCAUCAGUAUCAUAGGCUGGGGAUGUUGGCAUCGAGCCCGUCUCUCUAUUCGUGUUGUCAUCAAAUUCAUGCACUGCAAAAGCACCUGAUAACGGCACAGAGCUGAAGCAAUCACUGCGUGUAUCAUCAUAAGUAUCGUUGUUGUUUUUGACCUCACCACCGUACAUGGGAGGUGGUGGCAGCGGUUGGUCCAGCGGGUCAGGUGGGUUGAAAUCAACAAAGCAAGGGUAUGGUUGUCCAGGAGUUUCUUCCCAGUGGAAUGGAAUCGAUGUAACAUGCUUAACCGGAACUGGAACGGGAGGUAGUAUGGGAGGAGUCUUGACGGUUUUCGAUGGUGGCUGUGGAAGCUUAGGCGGGUCAUUUGCGGAAGAAGGGGCCGGUUUUCCAGGGGUCUCUUCCCAAAGGAAAGAUACUGAAGCAACCAGCUUGACCGGAACUGGAACCGGAGGUGGUAAUGGAGGAGUCAUGAUGGUUUCUGACGGUGGUUGUGGAAGCUUGAGUAGCAGUUUGCCAGGAGUCUUUUCCCAACUGAAAGGAACGGAAGUGAUGAGCUUAACCGGGACAGGGAUAGGAGGCGGAAGUGGAGGAGGAGAAGGCACGAAGGUGGCUAGUGAAGGUUGCCAGUUCUUCUUGGGGAAGCCAGGCCGUUCUUCCCAAACGAAAGGCACAGAAGGAUGCUGCCUCGGUUGUUUUAAGUGGUGUCUCUGUUUCUUUGGGUUCCUGAUGCAGCGCAUCUCGUUUGGUUUACUUACUUGGUUAUCACUCUAAACCAAGUUCGUUGGUUUUACUUCUUGUUUUGGUGUUGAGUUUAUCUUUUGUCAUUAUCACCUUUAUUAUUAGUUUAGAUAAGUCCUAGGAAAGUCGGUGUUUGGAAUAGCUAUUUAUUAGAGUCUUCGUCUUUUGUAAACCUUCACCUUUUAUUGAAUUUACAGAGAGC